AUGGCUGCUGUAACAGACUCUGUUGAAGAGCUGCUCUCAUACGAUUCUGUCAACGAAAACUCGCCAGCAACCAUCUUGCUGAUACAUGGGAAUGGAUGUGGCCGAGCAGAUUGGAACCUGGUUGAGCCGCACCUCAAGGACUUCAACUUACUGAUACCGGAUCUGCCAGGUUUCGCGAAGUCCAGGCAUCUGGCGCCAUUCUCCUUGGAGCGAUGUGCUGGCUUCCUGAACAAGCUCAUAAGUGAGAAGGCGAUCGGUGGAAAAGCGCACGUCGUGGGCCACAGUCUCGGCGCCAGUGUUGCCCUCAAGCUGGGCUCGAUGUAUCCCGAGGUUGUUGACACCAUGCUGAUAUCUGGAUUCCUCAAAUUGCCCAAGACGGUCUUGACGCCGGUUCUCCCGUACGCAAUCUGGGCGAACUCGCGCUUCGAGGAUGCAAUGCCACGGUCCCUCGUGAGCUGGCUUCUGGACGGAACCGACAUCCCACGAGGUGAUCCCAAGGACAGGAGCCUCCAAAGAAUCCGCGAGACUUUUGUAGACUCGCUGUCGCCAGAUGGAUGGCCGCAGCCAUGGCGGGCAAGGACAUUGGUUAUCGCGGCGACGAAGCGAGGAAUUCUGCCGUCAAACGACAACGUCGAACAAGCGGUCAAGGUUGCGGAGAUUGGUCGUGAGCAAAAUUCAGAGACGUAUGCUGUGAGCCAUCCAGACAUGCGACAUGCCUGGCCACGGCAAGAUCCAGUAUUGUUCGCUGCGACGGUGCGAUCUUUCAUCAUGGCAUCAGACUUGCCCAAAGGAUUCCACCGACUGUGA